AGUCAGAAACCUUGGCCGCUACAACUUCUAUAAGUGCGGGGCAGUGCUCUUACAUAAGUGGCCCAACCAGUACAUAAAAUUAAGGCAGCAAGUCCAAAGUUAUAUUCAAAUUGCGCUUAGCCAAGCAGUAGAGGGAAUGGCUGACUAGCCCAGCCAGUAAAUACCACUUUCUCUGCGGCCCGAAAGCGGGGUCAAGACGUUUUCACGUCGCCAAAAUCCACAGUCAACUCUGGCAACUGGUCGUGCAAGCAAUGGAAAAGUCGCCUCUUCAAUUUCCCCACGAAAUUCGCGAUGUGGAGGCGUCCACCAACGCGGAACUGAUGGAUUAUUUCCACGGUGAAAAAACUGGCUUCGUCCAGGUUGGACCCGAGGGCUACUUCUUCCCGCACAAAUUCAAGGAUGAGGCUGAGCGAUAUUAUAAUUUUGAGGCUCGUCCAGAUGAUGUUUGGAUAGCAACAGUGCCCAGAUCAGGCACCACUUGGACACAGGAGCUGAUCUGGUUGUUGGCCAACAAACUGGACUUCGAGGAGGCGCAAAAUAGACCGCUAACUGAACGAUUUCCAUUCUUUGAAUUUCCUGUAUUUAUGCAUCCCAAGAUCAAGGAGGAGUUGCAGGAGCUGAACAAGAACUCGACAGGGGCUUUGGAGUUCAUUGAAAAGAUUUCCCGGCCUGGUUAUGAGGUUUUAAGUGAAAUUCCUCGAGCUCAAAGACGUUUUAUAAAAACUCAUUUUCCAUUUUCCCUACUUCCUCCCAGUGUUUUGGAAAACAAGUGCAAGAUAAUUUAUGUUGUUCGCGAUCCCAAGGAUGUGGCUGUUUCCUAUUACCACCUGAACAGACUCUUCCGCACCCAGGGCUAUGUGGGAGACUUCGAGCGCUACUGGCGCUAUUUCCAGCAGGGAUUAAAUCCUUGGCUGCCGUACUACAGUCACGUGAAGGAGGCUCGCGAACAUGCCCACCUGCCCAAUGUGCUCUUCCUGCGCUACGAAGACAUGCUGGUGGAUCUGCCAGGAGCAGUUCAUCGUAUUGCUGAGUUCUUGGAAUGCCCGCCCAAGCCGGAGGACUUAAGCACACUUCUAGACCACUUAAGCAUUAAGAGUUUCCGGGAAAACAAAUCCGUAAAUAUGCACGAAAUGGCCUCCGUCGGAAUACUCAAAGAGGGUGAGGCGGGAUUUGUGAGGAGCGGCGGGAAAACAGCCAGCCAGCCCCAGCAGGAGUUCGUGGACAACCCAAAGCUGUUCAAGAGCGCCAACGAGUGGGUGGAACAGAAUGUGAAAUGCUUCAAGACAAUAUAAACUUCCUGACAAAGAUGGCUAA